AGGUGAAGCGGCGCGAGGCGUACGACCCCGUGGAGGCGAUGCGCGCCAUGGAGCGGUACACGCGCGAGGUGGGCGGCUUCUCGUUCCUCUACGCCGACAUCUUCAUGACCCGCGACGAGUUCGAGGAGAUGUUCGACCUGCAGCUCUACGAGGAGGUGCGCCGGCGGUACGGCGCCGAGGGCGCCUUCCCGCACCUCUACGACAAGGUCAAGCCCGAGGUGGACGUGAUCGCCAUCGGCAAGCAGUACGCCACCAAGUAGUUGUUGUCGUGGAUGUUAUUGGAGGAUGGCUUUGUUUUUUUAUGUAAAGUGAACAUAACGGACUGUA